AUGGCGCCCACGAAGCUAAAGCUUGUUCAAGUUCAAUUCGAAUCUGUUUUUGCUUUUAUAUUUCCUUGUCUAAAUGUCUGCAAAUCACUUAGGCGAUACGAGCAGAGUGGAGGAUGGAUCAAAGCACUGUUAGAAGAAGCUGAAAAUGAGAGGAUGCAUCUUAUGGCUUUCAUGGAAGUAGCGAAGCCUAAAUGGUACGUCCCUGCUAUUGCCAUUGAUUCCUACACUGAGUUCCUCAAGGAAUUGGACAAGGGUAAUAUUGAGAACGUCCCUGCUCCUGCUAUUGCCAUUGAUUACAAGGCUUAA